AUGUAUCACCAGCAAGAACAUAUAGGGGAAAUGUAUCACCAGCUAGAACAUAUAGGGGAAAUGUAUCACCAGCUAGAACAUAUAGGGGAAAUGUAUUACCAGCUAGAACAUAUAGGGGAAAUGUAUCACCAGCUAGAAUAUAUAGGGGAAAUGUAUCACCAGCUACAACAUAUAGGGGAAAUGUAUCACCAGCUACAACAUAUAGGGGGAAUGUAUCACCAGCUACAACAUAUAGGGGAAAUGUAUCACCAGCUACAACAUAUAGGGGAAAUGUAUCACCAGCUACAACAUAUAGGGGAAAUGUAUCACCAGCUACAACAUAUAGGGGAAAUGUAUCACCAGCUAGAACAUAUAGGAGAAAUGUAUCACCAGCUAGAACAUAUAGGAGAAAUGUAUCACCAGCUAGAACAUAUAGGAGAAAUGUAUCACCAGCUACAACAUAUAGGGGAAAUGUAUCACCAGCUACAACAUAUAGGGGGAAUGUAUCACCAGCUACAACAUAUAGGGGAAAUGUAUCACCAGCUACAACAUAUAGGGGAAAUGUAUCACCAGCUAGAACAUAUAGGGGAAAUGUAUUACCAGCUAGGACAUAUAGGGGAAAUGUAUCACCAGCUACAACAUACAGGAGAAAUGUAUCACCAGCUAGAACAUAUAGGAGAAAUGUAUCACCAGCUACAACAUAUAGGGGAAAUGUAUCACCAGCUACAACAUAUAGGGGGAAUGUAUCACCAGCUACAACAUAUAGGGCAAAUGUAUCACCAGCUACAACAUAUAGGGGAAAUGUAUCACCAGCUAGAACAUAUAGGGGAAAUGUAUUACCAGCUACAACAUAUAGGGGAAAUGUAUCACCAGCUACAACAUAUAGGGGAAAUGUAUCACCAGCUACAACAUAUAGGGGAAAUGUAUCACCAGCUAGAACAUAUAGGAGAAAUGUAUCACCAGCUAGAACAUAUAGGGGAAAUGUAUCACCAGCUACAACAUAUAGGGGAAAUGUAUCACCAGCUAGAACAUAUAGGGGAAAUGUAUUACCAGCUAGGACAUAUAGGGGAAAUGUAUCACCAGCUACAACAUAUAGGGGAAAUGUAUCACCAGCUACAACAUAUAGGGGAAAUGUAUCACCAGCUACAACAUAUAGGGGAAAUGUAUCACCAGCUACAACAUAUAGGGGAAAUGUAUCACCAGCUAGAACAUAUAGGAGAAAUGUAUCACCAGCUAGAACAUAUAGGAGAAAUGUAUCACCAGCUAGAACAUAUAGGAGAAAUGUAUCACCAGCUACAACAUAUAGGGGAAAUGUAUCACCAGCUACAACAUAUAGGGGGAAUGUAUCACCAGCUACAACAUAUAGGGGAAAUGUAUCACCAGCUACAACAUAUAGGGGAAAUGUAUCACCAGCUAGAACAUAUAGGGGAAAUGUAUUACCAGCUAGGACAUAUAGGGGAAAUGUAUCACCAGCUACAACAUACAGGAGAAAUGUAUCACCAGCUAGAACAUAUAGGAGAAAUGUAUCACCAGCUACAACAUAUAGGGGAAAUGUAUCACCAGCUACAACAUAUAGGGGGAAUGUAUCACCAGCUACAACAUAUAGGGCAAAUGUAUCACCAGCUACAACAUAUAGGGGAAAUGUAUCACCAGCUAGAACAUAUAGGGGAAAUGUAUUACCAGCUACAACAUAUAGGGGAAAUGUAUCACCAGCUACAACAUAUAGGGGAAAUGUAUCACCAGCUACAACAUAUAGGGGAAAUGUAUCACCAGCUAGAACAUAUAGGAGAAAUGUAUCACCAGCUAGAACAUAUAGGGGAAAUGUAUCACCAGCUACAACAUAUAGGGGAAAUGUAUCACCAGCUAGAACAUAUAGGGGAAAUGUAUUACCAGCUAGGACAUAUAGGGGAAAUGUAUCACCAGCUACAACAUAUAGGGGAAAUGUAUCACCAGCUACAACAUAUAGGGGGAAUGUAUCACCAGCUAGAACAUAUAGGGCAAAUGUAUCACCAGCUACAACAUAUAGGGGAAAUGUAUCACCAGCUAGAACAUAAAGGGGAAAUGUAUUACCAGCUACAACAUAUAGGGGAAAUGUAUCACCAGCUACAACAUAUAGGGGAAAUGUAUCACCAGCUACAACAUAUAGGGGAAAUGUAUCACCAGCUAGAACAUAUAGGAGAAAUGUAUCACCAGCUAGAACAUAUAGGGGAAAUGUAUCACCAGCUACAACAUAUAGGGGAAAUGUAUCACCAGCUAGAACAUAUAGGGGAAAUGUAUUACCAGCUAGGACAUAUAGGGGAAAUGUAUCACCAGCUACAACAUAUAGGGGAAAUGUAUCACCAGCUACAACAUAUAGGGGGAAUGUAUCACCAGCUAGAACAUAUAGGGGAAAUGUAUGACCAGCUACAACAUAUAGGGGAAAUGUAUCACCAGCUAGAACAUAUAGGGGAAAUGUAUCACCAGCUAGAACAUAUAGGAGAAAUGUAUCACCAGCUAGAACAUAUAGGGGAAAUGUAUCACCAGCUACAACAUAUACGGGAAUUUAUUACCUGCAAAAUUGCGCUUACAUGUUUUUACUUUGCGCAUUGA